GCCUUGGAGCCUCGACGCCCCGUGACCCAGACCAGUUCCCGAAGGACGAUCCCCGUGUGUUCACACUGGUCCCCGGAGUCGGGUGCCCAGGGAGAAGGUCUGCAGCUCGGCAGCAUGAAGGCGCUCCUCGCAGCGCUGCUGGCCCUGCUGCUUUGCAGGCAGCCAGGUGUCCCUGCGCAGCCAGGGAGAGGACAGGCACAGGAUGACCGGGACUACACCGAGGGGGACGAGGACGAGGAGGAGCAGGCGGACGAGGACGAGGGGGACGAGGAUGAGGAGGACGAGGAGGCUGGCGCCAGUGUAGGCAGCAGGGACAGAGGGCUGCAGUGCUACACCUGCCAGAACCUACCCCAGCAGGAGCGCUGCGGCCGGACAGACAGCUGCCUCCCGAGCCAGCCCUUCUGCAAGACCCUCAUCUUCAAAGAGGACACAGAAUCAGGUCCUCUGACCAGUUACUCAGUGUGGUGUGCGGACAACUGCCAACCCAUCACCAGGAUAGUAGGCAGGACCCUGAUAACCAUGACUUGCUGCCAGACCAAUCUGUGCAACACCUCGCCCUGGCAGAGCCGGCCAGGCACUGGGGCAGGGGGCCCCCAGGGCAGCCCCGAAACUGUGGCCGCCGCCCUCCUGCUCAGCCUCCUCCCUGGCCUCGGGGCUAUGGGGUCCUGAACACAGCGGCUCCCCUGCACCCCGGCCUGGCCCAUCCUCGGUAGCCAGCACCGCAUCCAGGCCUGUCCUCUGCUGCCCACCCUCCCCCACCCCACCAGCUUUGGAGAAUAAACUCGGGGAGCCAGCACUGGCUCCUCCCAGCCGCUCUGCAGAACCUCAGUCCGGCCCCUUGCCCUCCUCUACCAUGGCUGGGGGCCUCGGGUCCGGCCUGUGCCACUCACUGUGUGCCUCGGGGAGCCUCGCGCCCUUCUCUCCCCAGCUUCCUGACUCCAUCCACUCAUCUGCCUCCCGGCCCACCUUGGGGGGGGGGU